AGUGCCGUUAUCGCUGCUUUCGAUGGCCUCCAGCCUGCUCUGUCGCGCUCUCUCUCGCCGCAUGGUUCCAUCGGGCUUAGUCAGGCCGAUGACCAUGCCCGCAACCCGCUAUUUUUCCAUGCUCACAGUGGACAAGUUCACUCGAGCCGAGGCCCUCCAGAGAGCUUCCAACCUCUAUUAUCAGGUACUCGGCACGAACUGGGAGGAUGGCCUCAAUCUCGUGUUAGACGUCCCUUUCUGGGAAUCUGAGCUCGAGAAGGUGGAUCACAUGUGUGAACCUUAUCUAUGUGACGAUGAGAUUGGCCCCAUCAUACGCAACCUUCACGAGACGGUCAACUGUAUGUAUGCAUGUGAAGACGUUAGGGAUCACAUCAACGAGCUUCUAGAGCUGUCAAGUCGUGCUGAAGGCGUCAUGGGCUCCGGUGCUGCUGCUUCGGAGGAGGUUGAGAACAUGCCAGAGCAGUGCGCUAUGGUUACCAGAGCUUACGAGGACCUUCUGGAGAGAUACCCGGACCAUCACCCUAAGAUCGAACAGACCGUGGGUCAUGGUCUUGCUAUACUGCGCCAGCUCGAGAAGUUCAACUUUAAGAGCAGCCAUCGAUAUUUCUUUUAAGCCCUCUUCAACAGAGUGACUCCGUGGCGCCGUGAAGCUUGUAUGUUAUACAUUUUCGGAUUCGUUAUGGCAUCGGCAGGGGGACUAGGCAUGGUGAGACUGUUUUCUA